AUGCCUGCAACCUCAACGCCAAGUGCGGCACCGCGCGACCGCAGAUUGCAUCGACAGGCGAUCAGGGGGCCCAAGCAGCUGACGACUGCAUCGAUGCAGCGCCCCUUCUCACCGACGACAACGCCCCUGCCGGAGCCUCGCAGGGGGGCGCAGGCCACUCCGCCCUUGUUGGCAUCCCGGCUCUUGCUUUGCGAGCUCUUCGAGAAGCGUACAGGCGCGGUCUACGAGAAGCGUACACGCGCGGCGUGGCCCUCCAGCAGACCCGCGCUUGGAAAGUGUUCCUGCUCUCUCCGCGGUUGCUGCUGCACCGCGCUCGCGAACCGGGCACGGUCGGACGCGAAGCCCUUCUGCAGCGCAUCCGGGACUUCCUCGCUGGACGAUGGAACGCCUUGUUGGGGACAGCAUGGGACAGCGCGAGCAGCAGCAGGCGCGCCACGCACCAACCGCACAGCCGCAGUCCCCGAUGCUGCUGGGGAGGAGGCUGCGCGUGCCCUGCGCCGGCCUGUGCCAACGUGCGGAGGGGCGAAGUAUGGCGAAGUCUUCCGAGCGCGAGGCGUCCUCACUUCCGCAACCGUCGCGCCGGGCACGCGCCGCCCGCCGGCGGCCCUGCAACACGUGCCUGCAGACAUCCUCAACUUUCAGCCCGCCUCGCGCGUGCUCACCGACGCCGCCGCGUGGCACCGCUGCUGGGCUGUCGGGCGCCACGUGUGA